AUGUCCCUCGAGGAGUUGAACUUCCCAUUCUUCUCGGCCACCCGCUGUUCGACUGACUCCGUUCCAGCAUACAAAUCAUUCCUCCAUCGUACUCGAUUCCUACUUCUCCUUCUCGUCAUCCUCCUCAAUGCCGUCGUCUACAGUAAUACCAUUCUUAUCAAUUUCACAUUGAUUUGCAUGUCAGAGGAAAGCUUGGAGAACGUUUUGAAUGGAACGCAGAACGAUUAUGAAUUGCUUCGAGAGGCUAUGGCUGCGAGUAUGAACGACUUCCGAUCGUCAUGGUUCACCUUCACCGGGUUUCAGAGGAGUAUAAUCUUUAUGGUGGCUCCUCUCGGAUCACUGAUAGCAAUCUGGCCCACUUGGUUCUUUAUCAUGAAAUUCGGGUAUCGCCGUGUGUGUUCUGUCACCUGUCUCAUCUCCACCUUGCUCUGUGCCUUCCUCCCCUGGUCCAUUUUCUACGGGUUUCCAUUCGUCGCAACGACCCAAUUCCUGCUCGGUGCCAUGGCUCCAUCGGCUCUUCUUCUAGUGCCAAGUGUCAUUCGAAAGUGGUCGACCCGAAAAAAUGACCACUUCUGUUUCCUGGUUCUGUCCACAUUUCAACAGAUCUCUCCAUCAUUCCUCUACCCAAUUGCUGCCUACAUUUCCAAGAGCUUUUUCGGAUGGCCAGUUGUUUUCUACUUUCAAUCGAUCAUCAGUUUCCUAGCCACAAUUGCGUUUUUCUACUUUUAUAAAGAAACUCCGAUCCGGCAUGCAAAUGUAUCCAGUAACGAGUUGGAGAGAAUUCAGAGGGAUGAGUCCGUGAGAGGAAAUAUUGAUUAUAAGAAAAUGAUAUUAUGUCGUCAAUUUCAAUCUGUUUCCCUCUGCAAUUUCUCCUAUUUCCUCCUUCUCUCAUUCUUCAUUCAAUAUCUUCCGACGUAUCUCUUCAAUAUUAUGAAUCAGUCACUGGAGAAAUCCGCUUGUACCAUUUCUCUGAUUAUGACUGUUCAUCUAAUUCUCAAGAUUUUCAUCUCUCGAAUUUUCGAGAAAAAUCCAUUGCUCACCUCCAUCUAUUCCAUUAAAUUUUUGUGUUUUGCCAGCUUGACCGGGUCCGCUCUGAUCAUGAUUACUCUAUUUUUGAUCAAAUUUCUUUUCGAGAUCCAACUCAUAUUCUAUGCUGCCAUAGCCGCUUUUCUUUCGCUUUCCUGGCCAUCCCUCUUCAAAAGCUCAAAUAUUAUCUCCAACAAAUACUACCUCCCAGUGAUGAUUCGAACUCAAAUCGUAUUAUUCUACUUCGCGUCGGUGAUGAGCAAUAUUCUUCCGCUUAUUUUCGGAAGAAGAGAUAAUUGGGAGAGUUGGAGGUUCAUUUGGCUUGGAAUGUCCAUCCUUCUGAUCGUCUCCGUCGUUUUCUUCUGGAUCUCUUUCAAAUUCGAUAAGUCCGAUUGGGAUACUGUAAUUCUUGAUCCACCUCCAGAACCUGUUAAACCCGAGGAAAUCGCACCGGUCUCGCAUAUACGUCCAUGUACCUAUAGUACUACGUUCGAUAAUGAGAUCGUCGUGUCAAUAAUCUCUCGGGGAUUGGAAAGAUGCGAUACUUGUAAGAAACUUGGAAUUGAUUCCAAGAUCCAUUCAAAAACCGAGAAUGAUCUCAUCAGAACCAGAAGACAGUUGGAUGAGUUGCUUCAGGAAAAGGAGGAAGCACGGGUCUCCAUUACAAGAUUUUGA